CCCCCUUCGCUCUACCUUUGCAAAAAAUAAAAAAGGGGGGUGGAUGGGCUUUGGAAUUUCUCCUGGAAAGAGGUGAGUGCAAAAUGCAUUUGGGGUGAAAAGGGUGCAAUUGAAGAGCUGGCGUAGCAGAAAAAAAAAUAUUGCAGACCAGAUUUCAUAUUUAUAGGAAUGAUUGUCACAAAUAUAUGUUUAUUUAAAGAAAUUGCAGGUUGGUCUAUUGAGAGGGUGGGGGAAAUAUCUAAAAGUAAUGGUAGUGAUAAAGGCACCUUUACCGCGAGCAGAGAAGGCCACAGUCCUGCUUGCAUUUACCUGGGAAUAAAAUCCCAUUUAUUCAUUGGGACUUAAGACUGUGUACACACCAUGCAAUUAAAGGAUGUUUAAAUCCCAUUCUGCAUUCCCAAAAAAAGAAUCAUGGGAACUGUAGUCUGACCCCCCACGGAACUACAAUCCUCAGCACCCUUCGCAAACUACAGUUCCCAGGGUUCCGGGGAGGGGGGCAGGGAGGGAAGCAUACUUUAAAUGUAGGGUUAUCCAAGAGACCAAUUCCUGAAACCUUUGCUAACUCCGGGAAGCAGAAACGGUUUAUUCUUUUUGUGCGACGCUGGCAGAUUUGUGAUGCGUGGAGUGGCGCUGCAAGAAAGAUUAGAAAGAGAGAGCUAGACAGUAUUGCAAAUAAGUUGUGUAGGAGAUUCAGAGGUCUGGCGGAUGUUAAGCUAGGUAUGAGCUAGCAGAUUAUAUUUAUGAAUUCCUGUUCCCUUUCUUCAAAUCACUGAUGCCUUCCUUGUUUUACGUAAUUGCUGUUUGGUGUAUGCUAUGAUUUGCAGUUACAGAUAGGUAGCCGUGUUGGUCUGCCAUAGUCAAAAUAAAAAAAUUCCUUCCAGUAGCACCUUAAAGACCAACUAAGUUAGUUCUUGCUAUGAUUUGCAGUUAGGGCGAUUGUACUGCAGUUGUUACCCGUUAGCGAGCAAGCUUUUGAGUUCCACAGAACUCUUUAUGUUAACCACCCAGCUAUUAAACUGAGAGGCAGCGUGGUGUAGUGUUUGGAGUGGGACAGGUACGAUCCUAUUUCAAAUCCCCUCACCUGCAAGUGUUACUGCGUGACUGUAAGCCAGUCACUAUCUCUUUUCAAGGACAUAGUGAUAAUUUUAAAAAGGCGGAGGAACUUUGAGUUGUAUCUAGACUUGAGUCAGUUGUGCUUAGGCUGCUUAAAAUCAUUGUGAAAAGUUAGUAAUGGCUUUAGUCCAGUUGGUUUCAAUGGGAACGGACUGAAACUCAAGUCUGGAUACUACCCUAUAUGUAUGUGUCACGGAUUGGUUGGAUGCAAAGGAAUGGUGGUCAGAGGAAGAAGACUGGGAGGAGAAGGUGUCAGAAGCUGAAGAGGUAACAGGGCUUAGUGAGCGGGGAGAAUCUGUGGCAGAGUGAAGCCCAGAAUCAGAGGCAGAAGCAGAAGCAGGAGAGUGGGAUGAGGAAGGCCAAGAGGCAGAGAUGGGUCAGGCUGGUGAGGAAUCAUGGGUUUUCUCCUCCUCCUGGUGUGACAAGCUCCCCUCCCCCCUUGUCUCCCAGAACCAGAAGAACCAUAUCUUUACCUUUCAUUUACUUGUUUCAUCGACCUCCCUUUUUUGUAUUCUAGUUCAAUUAACUAUUUCAGCAAAUUCUUUCCAUCUUUCACAAUUUUUGUUCUAUAAUUUAUCUUAACGGUCUAACCUUAUUUUUUCAUUUUGGCCAAUUAUCAAUCAGCUUUUACUUAAUUCUUUAUUACAUUUCUGCUAAAACCAUAUAGCUUCAUUCCAGCAUCCUUCUAACAUUCAUUAAUUUUGCAAUAUUUUUGUAAAUAUACUUUAAAUUUUUUCCAAUCUUCUUCCACCGACUCCAUCCUAAUCUUUGGUCUUAAAAUAGUAACAUUAGAUUUUUCCCUAUUAACAACCCAUUUUUCAUAUUCCCUUAAAGCAUUACAGCUAAGUAGCUUGGAAUUGUUGACACUGGCUGGCAGUUGUUCUCCAGCGUUUGAAAUGGGAGUCUGUUCUUCUCAGCCCCACCUGGAGAAGCCAGGGAUUGAAUCUGGAAUCUUCCAGAUGCAAAGCACAUACUCUGCCAGUAAGAUAUGGCCGUUCCCCAAUUUUUCAGAAGACUGAGCAGAAACACGGGUGCUGUAUCUUGCGUCUCUCAACCUACGUGAAGGUUUGGGUCCUUAAUCAUUUUUAGGAGAGCAGAGCUCAGCUGCUCUCUCCCCACACCAUUGCAUGUUUCCAGUUUCUUAGGGUGAGCUGAGACUCAGUACAAUAUACAGCUUCCAGGAUGUGGGUGGUGCUGUGGUCUAAACCACAGGGCCUCUUGGGCUUGCCGAUCAGAAGGUCAACUGUUCGAAUCCCCUCAAUGGUGUGAGCUCCCAUUUCUGUGUCCUAGCUUCUGCCAACCUAAUAAUAAUAAUAAUUUUUAUUUGUAUCCCGCCCUCCCUGGCCAAAGCCGGGCUCAGAGUGGCUAACAUCAUAUAAAUCAGACAAUAUGCAUAAUACAAUAUACAAUAUGCAAAUAAAAUAACAUUCAACAUUCAUUAAAAUAAUAUAGAAUAUUAAAUACCAGCAUUUCAAGAUUAAACAGAAAUCCACUCUUAACAGUUACAAUAAGUAAUUUCUAAACUCCAAUCAAUAAAACAACUGCAAGCCACAGUGCACAACAUAAUACAAUACAAAAUGAGAAGCAGAGACUGGAGGGUCUGGCAAGGCAGGUGGAAAGAGGCCUUGCCUGAUGAAGUCUCCCCCCUCACAGUUCUUCCUCCAGGACCAGCUCCCUUAUGAGGACUCCUAGGGUCAGAGGGUGGGGCACGGCAGGUGGAAGGAGGCCUUGCCUGAUGGAGUCUCUCCCCUCACAGAACCUAGCAGUUUGAAAGCACACAAGUCCAAGUAGAUAAAUAGGUACUGCUGCAGUGGGAAGGUAAACAGCAUUUCCGUGCACUCUGGUUUCCGUCAUGGUGUCCCAUUGUGCCAGAAGCGGUUUAGUCAUCCUGGCCACAUGACCCGGAAAGCUGUCUGUGGACAAACACCGGCUCCCUCAGCCUGAAAGCGAGAUGAGCGCCACAACCCCAUAAGUCGCAUUUGACUGGACUUAACCAUCCAGGGUUCCUUUACCUUUUGUUUUAUUAUUACAGUGGUACCUCAGGUUACAGACGCUUCAGGUUACAGACUCUGCUAACACAGAAAUAGCACCUCGGGUUAAGAACUUUGCUUCAGGAUGAGAACAGAAAUCACACGGUGGCAGCAUGGCGGCAGCAGGAGGCCCCAUUAGCUAAAGUGAUACCGCAGGUUAAGAACAGUGUCAGGUUAAGAACGGACCUCCGGAACAAAUUAAGUUCUUAACCUGAGGUACCACUAUAUUCAGCUUCUGUUUCCAUAAGGAGAAGAAUCUCCUCUUGGUAACUGGAUAUAUUGCUUGGCUCGAUCAAAUGCUGUUGAACCGUGGGACUGAGCCCCAUUGCCAGUCCUGAGAGAGAGAGAGAACAUGGCUGCCGUAAAGCGAGGUGAUCUUUUGGCUGUGGGACUGGAGUCCGAGGAGGCUCUGCAAGACUCAGCUGCCCUCAAAGCAGAGAGAAGGAGGACCGAAAGCGCUCGGCCUGGGUGUGGCAUGGAAACCUGCAGAAAAACAACUCCGGAGAUCUUGAACCAGGAUGCUCCAAAUUCCAGUUCCGAGUUCAGACAGUUCAGGUACCAAGAGGCCAUUGGUCCCCAGGAGGUUUGCAGCCGGCUCCUGGACCUUUGCUGCCGGUGGCUGAGGCCCAAGAGACUCACCAAGGAAGAGAUGUUGGAGCUGGUGGUCCUGGAGCAGUUCCUGGCCGUCCUGCCCGCGGAGAUGCAGAGCUGGGUCAGGGAAGGCCGCCCAGGGAGCUGUGUCCAGGCCGUAGCCCUGGCGGAAGGUUUUCUACUGAAGCAGCAGGAGGACAGAAGGCAAAUGGUGAGCGGGUUACAUUUUGGUGGUUCAUGCUGUGGGCAUGAAGAAAUUGUUGUUUUACAAGGAAGUUGUUUUACAGCCUUUCUCAGAAGCUUUGUUCUGCUGGUCACCCACCUAAAAUAAAUAAAUGAUGGAUUAAUAGACAAUAUGCAGGAGCAAGACAAGGACCCACAGAGGGGAGGAGGGGAAUCCAGGAGAUUCUUUGGAAUCCUCUUUUUAUGUUGCUUGUUUGAUAAUCGUUUGUAAAUUUCAAAAUCUGAAAAACUAAAUAAAAUUUAAAUGAAUGAAUGGAGUUGAGAAAGGAGUAGAAAAGGGGGAAUCACAGAAUUGUAGAGUUGAAAGGGACCCCAAGGGUUAUCUAGUCCAACGCCAUGCUCUGCAGGAGUCUCAGCUAAAGCAUCCAUGACAGAUGGCCGUCCAUUAAGAACAUAUUCUGAUGCCCUUAAUACUCUCUCCUGUUUUAGGUCCAGGAGCCGUUGAUGGAGGUGGCCGGCCCUUUAUCUGGUGGAAAGAAGGUUCCGUCGGACGACUUUGACAGGCCGGGACGUGGGGCCAAAACCAGCACAAUGAAAUUCCACAGAGAUAAAGGUAAAAUCCUGCAUUUAGUGUUGUGGGAGGUGGUGAGAUCUCGUUUGGCAAUACUACGCGCAAUAAGGAUUUGGGUGUCUUAGUGGAUCACAAGCUUAAUGUGAUCCACCAGGGUGUGACACUUUAUAAUGUGCUCUUUUGUUUUGCUUUGCAUCUUCAGGCUUGGAAGCUGAUUAAAAAAUAAACCUUGAUUGAUUGGCUAGGAGGCUGAUUAAAAAAUAAACCCUGAUUGGCUAGGAGGCUGAUUUUAAAUCUUUGUUUGGCCCUCUGCUUCUGAUUCUACCUCCGUUUCAUUAACAGACAGUGAAAUGGCACCUGAGGCACAUUCUGAAUCUUCUCCUUUUUCUGCUGGAGGGGUGAAAGCCACCAUCCAGCCAACUCAGGUAGGAGAAAGCCUGUUGGGGAGACCUAUUUCAGACAACUGGGGUGCCACUUUCUUAUAUAUCCCUGGGCUUCUUUGGGAGGAAGGGUAGCACAAUAACUCGUCGUCGCUCACAAAGUACCAUCGUUAGCACCCCCAAUAAGGAUUCUCACAAUUCCCUAAAGAAUAUAAUUACAUACUAUCAUCACAAUUCCACAAAAGAACCUCUCUCAAUUCCCCUCCUUCUCUUUUCAGUCCUCAAUAUCAAGGAGUGUGUGUGUGUGUGUGUGUGUGAGCAAUUUUAAGCCUGAGGGCCACAUUGUGUUCUGGGCAGCCUAUCAGGGGCCACAGGCCAGCAGUGGGCGGGGCCAGAGGCAAAAGUAGGCAGAGCAGCAAAUGCAACUCUUACCUUUGUACAGUAGAGGGGUGUCGGGGAACCAGCCCACCAGGUGCGGAGGAAAAAUGACGAGGAGUCAUGGGUAAAGGUUUAAGCAAGGAGUGAGCUCUCUCUCCCAGCAGCCUUGCAUGUUUAUUAGCCUUGCGCACAUUACAUCAUGUUGCAUAUACACGUGUAGCACUCGGGUGGAAAACAGCUAGGGUUUGCAUUUCUUAGAAUAACUAUUCUCUACCAUACUCCAGACAGCCGCAUAAGCUUUGCGGUUAGGCAGCGCGACAGUGACCCAGGCGUGUGGGGGAACAAGUCAGCAGAUGCUUCCUCUUGCACAAUCUUGCACAAGGGUGCUAUUUUUCUAUUGCAUCCCCACAUGCCCUCCUUUUUUAUAUUAUUUAAUCAGAGUCAUAAAUUUCAUUCCGAGGCAGAAGCUCGCCAGGGUCGCACACAGCGCGCUGGUAACCAGGUAGGCCGUCCAUCCAGGUCCACUGCCGCGUAGCCGCGUCCCCAGGAGAUGAGUGGCACAGGACCAUGCCAUGUUGGAUCAGGCAGCUGUCUGUAAGAUACAAGAGGCCGAGCCAAAGGCUCUGCUUUUUGAAAAUGAAUCUCAGCCGGUGUAUAUUCCCUAUUAUGGGAUACAAAUAUGGUUAAGAGUGAAUAAAACAGUAUGCACAAUUGAAGGAAUCUCGGCAGAGGGGGCAUUUCGACCUCCAAGUUGUUUGGACAGCAGAGUCUUGAAGGUCAAGUGCGCCCUCUCCACAAUCGCCUGUCCUGUUGAAUUAAAAGGCAAACCAUGGAUUAAUUUCACAUUCCAUAAAUCACAAAAGGAUGAAAACUGAGAGGAAAUAUAGGCUGGGCCAUUAUCCGUUUUAAUGCUUUGUGGCUUACCCAUCACCGCAAAACAGCGCAGGGUGUGCUGAAUGACGUGACGAGCGGUCUCACCCUUCAAUGGGGUGGCCCAGAUAAAUCCAGAUGAGGUGUCCACUGUCAAGUGAACUUUUGAAAAUGGGGCGAGCAGAGGGGUGUGAGUAACAUCCAUCUGCCAAACCGCAAGAGGGGACGUACCCCUAGGGUUCACCGCAUCAAAGGGAAUCAUGGUUGGAGCCUUAGAACAGAUAGAACAUUGAGAGACAAUGUCUCGUGCCUGUGCAAUAGGGAUUUUAAACAUUUUUGCCAAAACUUUAGCAGGCUGGUGAAAGGUAGAAUGAGAGAGAAUAGGGUCAGAAAACAAGGAAAACACUUCAGAUCGCAGUGCAGCGUCUGCCACGGCAUUUCCCUGAGCCAAAAACCCUGGGUGAUUGGUGUGGGAACGAAGGUGUGCAACAUAAAAAGGAUGACGGCGUUCUUGAAUAAGAUACUGCAAGGUAGAAAAAAGAACAAACAAAUCAGCAUCUAACACAGGCGUGAUAUAAGAAACAGGCAGGGAAGACAGAAGGCGAUACACAUAUUGUGUAUCAACAAGCAAAUUAAAAGGUUUAUCAGGAAAGAGUUGAAAGGCAAGGAUUACAGCAGCAAGUUCAGCCCGCUGGGCGGACCUCUGUUGCUCAGUAAAUUCAGUUUUCCAUUUUUCACCCUCUUCCCAUGCCACCACCCCCCGCGUUUUUGACCCAUCAGUGAAAAGGGUAAGGGCAGAGGGGAUGGGGGUUGGAGAAAGAGCAGUUUUUAAAGUAUAGACAGUUUGAGAAAGAAAGACAAGCAUGGAUCAGAGGGGGGAUUAUGCGUGAUGGUUCCCAAAAAAUCCACAAGUGCUACUUGAGUAGCCACGGAGGUGGAAAUCAGGUGUUGUGUUUCUGUGAGUGAAAAAGGCAAAUAAAUUUUUUCAACGUCCAGUCCAGAGAGGGCUUUUGCUCGAGCGCGCCCUUUAAUUACCAAAUCCAUUACAGCCGCUGGAGAGGAAUAAAUGUUACGCGGUGGAGUAUGCGGAAGGUGGAUCUAUUCCACAAUGUUGACACCCGAGGGGGCGCCGAUUUCUGUGAGUAGAGAAUGGCUGUAGGCAGCAAAGGUGUGGAAAAAAUUGCCAAGGAUAACUGCACAUUGUGCAGAGUGUCUAUGCGAUCCACCAUUCGGUCUCUUAAUAAAGCAUUAACCUGUUGUAAGGCUUGUAGCAUUUCUUCUGUAACUGGGAUGACUUCUCCGGGUAGGUUGUGUCCUUGUAAGGCAGAAAACAAUGAUGACAAGGUGCUAGUAGGCAGAUUAAGGUAAUUCUUUAUCCAAUUCAGGUGUCCCAAAAGUUGUUGAAGGUCAACCAGCCGUAGGCGGGCAGGAAAAGACAAUUGGGGAACAACCGGAAUGGCAGCUUGUUGUGUCAAUUUAUGUCCAAGAUAUAACAUAGGCAAAGUUUGCUGAACCUUAUCUGGGGCAAUACACAGUCCAAAAUCUCUCAGGGCAGAUGUAAGGUCUUUUAAUAAUUCCACUGAUAUGUCCUGUGCAGCCACAAGGAUAUCAAUUGGGUGGAGGCUUUGACAGGCUGGCGCUUCUCCCCCGACACCCAAAACCUGCGCAGCUGCCUUUGUGGGCCAUUUGGGAGGCCAGUCUUGUUUAGCAAUCACAGUAACAUCUGCCCCUGUAUCCAGAACCCCCUCUACCUCACGUCCACCCAGUGUCAUUUUUAAGGUAGGGCGCUGAGCUGUGAGAGGCAUUGCAGCAGCAAUUAAGGGGGGAUUUGUAGGAGUUGUGGCAUCCGCAGGGAGCAGUAUGACUUUAGCCACUGGCGUGCCAGAUGAAAGACCUAAGAGGGGGGCUGCUUGUUUAAUUGCAGUCCCCAGUGGCGUCGGCGGAGGCUGAUAAUCUGGUGGUCGUGGCGGAGUAAAAGGUGGUGGUAGAAGCGGUGCAGCCGGGUAUAUGAAAGGCAUAUUCAGGACUGUUUCUUGUUGUGGUUGCAACGAAGCCAAGAGGAUGUUUUUGGGCGUAAGAGUUGCCAUGCAGCCACGGACUUUAGCCCAGGCACUAAGGACGUGAACAUUUAUGCGGCCAUGGCCAUGAAAGUGGUCGCCAAUCCUAUCCCAGUCUGGAAUUUCCCAUGUCCCGUUGUCAGGGAGCCAUGGACAAUGUUCAUCUAUGGCCAGAAUCAAUGCAAUUAGAUCACCUUCAGGUACUUGCUGUUUAUUUUCCCGAAGGAGGUGCUGCAUGUCUUUUAAAAAUUGUUUCUGAGGGUUGGAGAGCGCAGAACCCAUGAUAAAAAUAGAAAAAUAGCUACUCACCGGGGAUCCGAAGAUGAGAAGGCGCCUUGAGCCACAGCCGGGCGGGUGAGUAGCAGGAAGGACCGUCUUUGACAGCACGCGUCCUGGAAGCCGUUCAGGCAAUCACACGAGGCACCAUUUGUCGGGGAACCAGCCCACCAGGUGCGGAGGAAAAAUGACGAGGAGUCAUGGGUGAAGGUUUAAGCAAGGAGUGAGCUCUCUCUCCCAGCAGCCUUGCAUGUUUAUUAGCCUUGCGCACAUUACAUCAUGUUGCAUAUACACGUGUAGCACUCGGGUGGAAAACAGCUAGGGUUUGCAUUUCUUAGAAUAACUAUUCUCUACCAUACUCCAGACAGCCGCAUAAGCUUUGCGGUUAGGCAGCGCGACAGUGACCCAGGCGUGUGGGGGAACAAGUCAGCAGAUGCUUCCUCUUGCACAAUCUUGCACAAGGGUGCUAUUUUUCUAUUGCAUCCCCACAGAGGGGCUGGGAGGGUGUGUGUGUAGUGUAGUGGUGUAGUGGUUAAGAGCGGUAGUCUCCUAAUCUGGGGAACCGGGUUCGCGUCUCCGCUCCUCCACAUGCAGCUGCUGGGUGACCUUGGGCCAGUCACACUUCUCUGAAGUCUCUCAGCCCCACUCACCUCACAGAGUGUUUGUUGUGGGGGAGGAAGGGAAAGGAGAAUGUUAGCCGCUUUGAGACUCCUUAAAAGGGAGUGAAAGGCGGGAUAUCAAAUCCAAAAAACUUUCCGGGGGUUCCUCAUUCCUGUUCAAAGCCCUCAAAGCCACCUACGGGGAAAGCUGUGAGUUCAGCCCAUUUUGACGCUAUGAACCUUUGAAUCUUGCAGAAGAGGGAUGCGGAACCUGUUGCCUUGUAGGUGUCGCUGCAGUGCAACACCCAUCAUGCCUGACAGCUGUGCUGGCUGGGUGACUGAUGAUGAUGACAACAACAACAACAACAACAACAAUAAUGUAAUAUUUCACUCUGGGCGACUUCCAAGACAUAAAAACACAAUAAAACAUCAAACAUUAAUAGUAACAGACUGAUCCAAUAUAAAAAUCACAGUAACUUUAAAAUAAACAACUUAUAUAAAACAAUCCAUCAGAAUCUAAUAAACAGUAAAAUUAAACAUCAGCAAAUAAUAAACAGUUCAACCACAAUAAAGAAUUAUCAAUCAAUAAAAGUAACAGCAAAUCACGUAAAAUACCACAAAACAUACAAAACCAUGUAAAAGGAUCAAGCUGAGAAACAAAGAAGAGAAGAAGAGUUUGGAUUUGAUAUCCCGCCUUUCACUCCCCUUCAGGAGUCUCAAAGCGGCUAACAUUCUCCUUUCCCUUCCUCCCCCACAACCAACACUCUGUGAGGUGAGUGGGGCUGAGAGACUUCAGAGAAGUGUGACUGGCCCAAGGUCACCCAGCAGCUGCAUGUGGAGGAGCGGAGACACGAACCCAGUUCCCCAGAUUAUGAGACUACCGCUCUUAACCACUACACCACACUUUUAUACGCACAACUUAUAAAACUAUUUUUAAAAAAUAUCGCUGAACUCCUCUGUUGCCAGCUACUGCGGCUGCUAUUCUCAAAGUCAUAGUCUGGGAAAGGCUAGGUGGGGCAAGGCAGGAGGAAACACCAUUGCCUGAUGAGGAACAGAAAGUCCAAUAUCACCUGCAGAUUCUGCACCCUGAAAACAACCACCUGUUCCUAUUGUCUUCUUUGGGCGUGUGAUGGAAGGAGAGCAGUCAUCACCCCAUUUUCUGGGAUGUUUGGCUAGGAAAUAGCUUUGUAUUAUAAGGACAGAAUUACCCAAACUGUAUAGAAACUUAUUCAUGUAUCCUACUACAGUGGCAAGAAUGUUAUUCGCCCCCAAAUGGAAAGAAGCAGAAGUCCCAGUAAAGGAAGAAUGAAUACAAAAACUUGCAGAAUACGCAGAAUUAAUAACCGGAAGAAUAAGAAAUCAAGAUAACAAACUUUUUGUAAAAGAAUGGAAGUGGUUUAUUGAAUAUUUACAGAUAAAUUGUAAACAGAUAAGAACAUUCGCAGGAUUAUUGUAAUAACCUGCAGUUUUAUAAGAGUAUACAUUUAAAGCAGAUGAAUAAAUGAGCAGAUAAAGUUCAUUUGGAUAUGCAGAAGAUAUUGAAAAUAAACUUGAGGGACCGCAGAAAGAGGGGGGAAGGAAGACGAGUUUUGAAAUGUUAAAAUGAUUGUAGAAUGAUUGAAAUGUAUAAACCCGAAAAGCAUAAAGAAAAUAAAGAAAAAGAAAAUAGUUUCGUAUGUGUUUCAGGAGCCUGUGGUUUUUGAGGAGGUGGCUGUGAGCUUCACAGAGGAGGAGUGGGCCCUGCUGGUUCCAGGCCAGAGAGCAUUGUACCGGGAGGUCAUGUUGCAGAAUUAUGGGAUGGUGGCCUCUCUAGGUAAGGAUGCCUUUGGCCGCAGAUGAGGCAGGGGGUGUUGUUGGAUUCCAACUUCCCUCAGCCCCCACCACCGGCCAGCCCAUGCCAAAUCAGAUAAACCUCUCUAUAAUUCUCACUCUAUAAUGGGAAUAGGGGGGCUCCUAACCACUCCCAGCAGCCUUAUCAAACACCAUCUCCCAGAAUUCCUUGGGGGAAGCCAUGAUCAUUUAAAGUAGUAGAAAAAAGACAGUCACGGAACCAAAAACAACACCAAACAAAUGAAAUACCAUGAAAAUCCCUGAAACGAGAAGUAAUCGACUAAAAAUAUUAAACUAAAUAACAAAAAUCACAAAGUUUAAGGGAAAAAUUAGAAAAACCUAGAAUUGAAUAAAACCUUAACGGGAUGCUGGCUACAAACCUCAUUUCACUGAACUAUUCAGUUUCCUCAGAAGGAAAUAGAAAAAUCAUAAACCUUAAAUGAUUUUAAACAAACUCAAGAACAGGGCUGAAACGCUCCCCUGAGUUUACAAAAAAGGUUUGAAAACCUCAAUAGCAAGUUUAAGACACAGCCCUAUUUAAAGCAAGCCAAGCCGUAGUGAUAAGGAAUUGAGGACUCGGCUGUGAAAACUCUAGUAUUGCCUUUUAAAGUGGCAUGAUAGUGCUUUUAAAUGUGAGGUGUGAAUGUGGCCUGACUAGCAGUCCCUGUCCAGGGAUUCAGGCCGGUGAAUCUCUCCCAGACGUACCUGGAGGUACCAGGAAUUGAAUUUGGGACUCUCUACAUACAAAAGUAAAUGCUGUAGCACCGAGCAACAGUCCUUCCUGCGUGGAUGGAAAGAUCUUGGAAGCUCUCUUGCGGCCCCUACAUAACCAGCUGUUUGAUUUUUAUGUUUUGAAUAUCUAGAAGCUCUGCUGAUUCCCAAGCCUGACCUCAUCUGCCGGUUGGAAGAGGAAGAGCUCAUUGAGCAGUGUACUGAGGAAGGGGAGAGUUUUAAAGGUGGGCAAAAGACUCAUCUUUUGUUUCUCUCUUUUAGCAUCAUCAUCAUUUAUUAUUUAUACCCCGCCAUCUGGCUGAGUUUCCCCAGCCACUCUGGACGGCUUACAAUCGAGUGUUAAAAACAAUACAGCAUUAAAUAUUAAAAACUUCCCUGAACAGGGCUGCCUUAAGAUGUCUUCUGAAUGUCAGGUAGUUGUUUAUCUCUUUGACAUCUGAUGGGAGGGCGUUCCACAGGGUGGGCGCCACUACCGAGAAGGCCCUCUGCCUGAUUCCCUGUAGCCUCACUUCUCGCAAUGAGGGAACUGCCAGAAGACCCUCGGCGCUGGAUCUCAGUGUCCGGGCUGAACAAUGGGGGUGGAGAUGCUCCUUCAUGUAUACAGGACCGAGGCCGUUUAUUUGUUCACAACUUAGAAGUAGGAAAUAAACAAGCAUCUCUGUUUAUUUCAGGCUGGAAGAGGGAGAACGAGAAUGAACUUUAUGAGGCUGCUGCGGAGGGAACUGAGACUCGAGAUGUGAAGGAGAUAUUUGUGAGUGAAGAUGGACCAGAGAUUCCGGUUGGAAAGCCGGUAGUGAAGGACAGAUUCCUUUAUUUGCAGGAUGUGGAGUUCCACGAAAGCUCGUUCCAAAAGGAACCGUGCAAAGUAAGGAGGAGGAACGAGUGUGCUGUGUGUGGGCAGAUCUUCAGUCACAAAUCGAGCCUUGUUACUCAUCAGAGAAUCCACACAGGCGAGAGGCCCUAUAAAUGUGCACUUUGUGGAAAGAGCUUCAACCGAAGGACGCGACUCACUUCACAUCAGAGGCUGCACACAGGGGAGAAGCUGUAUAGCUGUUCAGACUGCAGCAAGAGCUUUUGCGAAAAAUCGAGUCUUAACGCCCAUCAGAGAAUCCACACAGGAGAGAGACCCUAUAAAUGCUUGAACUGUGGGAAAAGCUUCAGCCGCAGCUCAAACCUUAUUGCUCACCAGAAAAUCCACACGACACAGAAACCCCGUAAUCACUCCAAAGGCAGCAAGGGCUUCUCUGUUCAGUCUAAGUACAAUUCACAUGAGAAAAUUCACAAAGGAGAGAAGGAUCUGUGUAGUUCCGUAAUCUUUAGCAAGAGCAUCUCUGAUGACAUGAGUCUUCUUGGACAUCCAGAAAUAUAUGCAGAAGAAGAUCCUUAUAAAUGUUUUGACUGUGGGGAAAGCUUCAGUAAGAGCUCCAACCUUUUUAAGCAUCAGAGAAUUCACUUAGAGGAGAAACCAUACAAAUUCUGUAGCAAUAGCUUUUCAGACAAAACCAGUCUUAUGACACAUCAAGGCAUCCACUCGGGAGAAAAAACAUAUAAAUGCUCAGUGUGUGAAAAGAGCUUCAGUCGCAACUGGAGCCUCCUUACACAUCAGAGAUACCACAGAGGGGAGAAACCUUAUAAAUGCUCGGACUGCAGCGAAAGCUUUUGCGACAAAUCAAGUCUUAUCAGGCACCAGAGAAUCCACACAGGAGAGAAGCUCUAUAAAUGCUUCAUUUGUGAGAAGAGCUUCAAUCAGAGCACAAACCUUUUCACACACCAGAGAAUCCACACGGGAGAAAAACCGUAUAAGUGCAUCGAGUGUGGGAAAAGCUUUAACCAGAGCUCACAUCUUAUCAGGCACCAGAGGCUCCACACUGGAGAGAAACCCUACAAGUGCUCGGAAUGUGGGAAGAGCUUCACUCAGAGUCCAAAUCUCAUUCGGCACUGGAAAAUUCACGCCAGACAGAACACGUAACGACGGCUUUUUGACUUUUAUGAAAAAAAUAAAAGCAUCAAUCAGCGCACAAGAGAAUGACACAUUAGAUGAUGUCUUACGAGAGAAGGAAAUUGCUCACACAAAUGAGAGGUGGAAGAUUCCUGCAUUGCAGGUGGUAGAUUGGAUGACCCUUUGGGUACCCUCCACUUCUGCAGCAGAACAGUUUCAUGUGCAUGUAACGUUUUCCUAGAUCCCUCUGGGGUUUUUUCCCCUGCAGAGACUGCAGUCCCAUCCUAGUAGUAUAAGCAAGGUAGAGCUAUAGAGUUGGAAGUGUGAAUGUGCUAAGUUUUCAUUAAUAAAUCAAAACAAAAAGUAAAUGUGCUCAAACAACUGAUAAGAACAUAAGAAAGAGCCCUUCUGGAUCAGGUUCAGCUAGACUGGUGACUGGGAGUGGCUGCCGAGACCAUAUAAUACCAGUCCUGAGAGACCUGCAUUGGCUCCCAGUACGUUUCCGAGCACAAUUCAAAGUGUUGGUGCUGACCUUUAAAGCCCUAAACGGCCUCGGUCCAGUAUACAUGAAGGAGCGUCUCCACCCCCAUCGUUCUGCCCGGACACUGAGGUACAGCUCCAAGGGCCUUCUGGCAGUUCCCUCCCUGCAAGAAGCAAAGUUACGGGGAACCAGGCAGAGGGCCUUCUCAGUAGUGGCACCUGCCCUGUGGAAUGCCCUCCCAUCAGAUGUCAAGGAAAUAAGCAACUAUCUUACUUUUAAAAGACAUCUGAAGGCAGCCCUGUUUAGGGAAGUUUUUAAUGUUUAGUGCUGUAUUUUUUUAAUAUUUUGUUGGGAGCCAAAUUAUUAUUAUUAUUAUUAUUAUUAUUAUUAUUAUUAUCAUCAUCAUCUCACAGUGGCCAACCAGAUGCCCCAGUGUGAAGCCACCAAGCAGACCCUGAGCACAAAUGGUACCCUCUCCAAACUGCAGUUCCCAGCACCUAGUAUACUGCCUCCAACUGUGGAGCCGAUCAUGGCCUCUGUUGUGACAGAGCGUUAGAUACUAGAUGGUCAGUUUUUUAAAAUUUUUGUACCUGUUCCAAUCUGCUUGCACCUUGUGCGAGAUAAACUUGUUUCCCUUUGCGUUUCUCCUCUCCCUGGUCCUGUAUAAAAAAUAAUAAUGCAUUUCUUGCAAGAUCUGUGGUUGAGGCUAGGU